AUGUCAACAUCAACAGAAGACAUAUCGACCGAAAAAGUGCGGCAUCUGAGAACUGUCAAAAUAAGGACCCAGGCUUUGGCACCAAAAGCAAGCCAAACGCUGACCCUCCAGCAUCAAAACGAUGCGAUCCAGGAGGAGGUCGGGAAAUACUCUGCGAAAAAUUUGGCAGACAGCGACAAGCAGGAGAGCCAAGCCGAGGACCCUGUCACAUCACACAUGUCCACGUCUACAUCACCCCUAGCCGUGUUGGAGCAAGCCACGCAGCAGGGCCAAAGCAAGAUCGCAUCGACGGGGGCGGCGCGGGCCGCAGUGACCAAUUCGGGCAAAAGGACGGCGGAAACUCGGAAACAGAGCCUCCAAGCCAGCGGAACGCCCAGAACGCUGCCUAUCAUGAGGUUCUCGAACAAGAGCCCGUCCAAGUCAAACAACACCGUGGCCAACGUUAUAGAGGCGGACAACAGCCACAAGAGUUUGAAGGCGUUUUGCGUCAUGAAUGGGAGAAACGGCAACCCGCAGAAUACACCAACGGAGAGCAAGGAAUUGUCAGCAGCCAGUCAAGCCAAGUUGAAAGCUGGCUGCAGCACGUCAACGACCCUGGUGAACAGCGACUCCGAAGGCGGCGACACCGGAGGUCGUUUGAGAAGAGACGUGUUGAAUAAGCGUGUGCUAAAGUGCGCCACCGACGGCAAGCAGAUUGCGGGGAGCUUGGCUCGAUGGUAUUGGAGAGCCGUAUCACCUUGCUUUGACCCGACAUCGCCUGUCAGAAAGCGACUUGAUGUCAACGAGUCAACUUGGACGGACGUUGGGAUGUUUCUCGUUGCGCUGAGCAGCGGAUUCGUCUUAUUGGCGGCAGCGGUCCGGAUCGCGCAGGGAAUUGCGUGGGUGAUCCAGAUGGUGCAAGGCCUGCUGGGGGGUUUGAUUGCGAUUCUCGGUUCCUGA